AUGAAGCUCUCCUCUAUCUCAGUCACUCUGGUCGCCAUUUUCGGCCUUGCUGCGGCCUCGCCUCAGCGUGGCGGUAGCCGACAGCAGCAAGCCGCGGAUCGAAAGGCUCUUCAAGAUCUCGCCGGGACAGACGUUGACCCUAAUCUUGAGAACGGCACUAGGCUUCUGUCAAAUGGACAAGGCCAAUGCGUUGCAGUCUCUGGGAAAGCGGUCUGUUCUGAUGCAUCAGGGGCCACAUUGGUAGUAGUCGUAAUUGAUACGUUUUUGCGUACGAGUUGGAAGAAAACCAUUGUGCUACCAGCCUCAGCCAUUGUCGAAGCUGAUUAG